AUGGCUGACGGGAAUCAUCUUAUACUAGAUGAGCAUAGCCAUGAGUCAGCCGAGGGCUCAUUCAGCGGACUCAGACCAUCAUAUCAAUCAUCGAAUUCAACGAUCAUCUCCGCACAUACUGCCCGCAGCAAUCAAUAUACCCUGAGAACGAGUAGUACUGAGCAACGACGAUCACUGUGUUCCUCGGGCGGGGUAUCGUCCGCCGAUACAUUCCAAACAGCGGUGGCUGACGACACCCAGCGGCCGCUGUUGACCGAGGAGCCAACCACAUCUACAACGCUGUCAUCAGCAUCAACCAACCUGUCAACUCAAUGGUCACACAGUCAAGAUGAUUUGACGGUCUAUAGCUCCGAGCAGCGGUAUUCGCGCUCAUCUUCCAGCGGGGCCGAGUCCAACCACACAUCAUCGCGGACCGUGGUUGCUGAUGAUAGGAAUCAAUACUCGGAGGCGCAACCAAGACCAUCAUAUGAGCUUUCAUCGGAGUCGACUCCCUUGUUACAUCGUCGCGAAGACGGAUUGUCACUAUAUGGAACUGAUCAAGGACCCCCGCGACCGCCUUCGAUUGCAUCGCGAACGCCGUCCGAAGCAAGCGCUUUCAAAAAACGAAGCCGUGUACCCUGGCCGACCGUCAUUUCCCUCGCCACCUUGACCCUCGCAGUCUUGACAAUACUCGUGGUUGCCUUUGCCGCUCCUGCAGCCGUGCAAGAAUACGGACAGCAAGCUGCUGUAUUCAAACCCAAAUCAGUCUCCAUUGAUUCUACAACGCCUGAUGGUGUGAGAGCUCGAGUUCAGGGUGACUUUGUGAUGGACUCCGGGCGGGUCAAGAACAAAUCGGUUCGAGGCAUUGGCCGGCUGGCAACAUGGAUUGCCAGGGAGAUUGAGACGAGUCCAUCGGAUGUCGAGGUGUAUCUCCCAGAGUACGGGAAUGUUCUUGUCGGAACUGCCGCAGUUCCCACGAUCAAACUGAGCAUUCGCAACGGCCACCAUACCACUGUCGACUUUCUUACGGACCUCGAGGCUGGCGAUAUCCGAGGGAUUCACGCAGUUGCCAUUGAUUGGAUCGAAGGGCGGUUGGGUCGCCUCAGCGUCAAAGGCAAGGCUGCAAUUUCACUAAAGUCAGGCUUGAUUUCUUUGGGAACUCAAGUCCUGACACACAAUGUAAUCUUUGAAGAAGCCGAUUUCCCUGCUUUGCCCGAGGUCGCCAUUCUCAAGCUGAAUGUCCACGACACCAAUAUUGGUGCCAUGGCCGCCGAUAUCCUUGUGGAAGCUUUGAUCGAUUCCCCGGUCGAUCUUACUGUUCCUGCUCUCGGCUUUGACGUUCUGGUUCCAAAUUGCUCACCUGGAGAUCCUUACAUAUUGGUCGCCAACUCGACAACCAGCCAGAUACACGUGCAACACGGUUCCUUGCAGCCAGCCAUGGCUGGUGUCGAAGCUCUCAUCAAGCAAUUGCCGGAGGAGUUGACCUCUAGCUGCCCAGGGAAAGAGGAUUCACCUCUGGAUAGUUUGGUUUCGAGCUUCAUGCAGGGACUUGAGACCACAGUGUACGUCCGUGGUUCCGACGCACCGUCUCCCGAUACCCCAGCAUGGAUGGUGGAUUUGCUACGCAGUGUCACUGUGCCUCUACCAUUCACGGGCCAUGCAUUGGAUAAUUUGGUGAAGAAUUUUACCAUGUCUGAUACUCAUUUCUCUCUUCCGGACCCCUUCGCAGAGCCCGACUCUCCAGAAUCGCAACCCACUGUUUCCGCGGUGGUCAAGGUUCUCAUUGCUUUGCCGGAGGAGAUGAACUUCCAGGUCGAUGUUCCGAAAGUCCGUGCCCUCGCAGACGUUUUCUACAAGGAUGAGAAGUUUGGUGUUUUGAACAUCAGCAAAUGGCAAGAUUCCAACUCCACGAUCGUGGACGUUGAAGAUGGCUCUUCUGCCCUCCUUGUGGAGUUCGCGAUGAAGGAUGCCCCAUUGGAAGUCACUGACGAUGGCAUUCUGGCAGAGGUCAUCCAAGCAAUGCUGUUUGGAAGCAAAGGGGUAGAACUUCGAGUCGCCGCCACCGUAGAUACAAAGGUCUCCACUGGCCUAGGCCGCUUCGCUGUGCGAGGCAUUCCCGCAGAAGGGAGAUUUCCGGUGAAGACUUCCUUCGGAAAUCCGCUUGGCCGAUUGAAUCCGCUUGUGGUAUCAUUGCAGUUAGGAGAAACGACUGAAUCUUCCAUGGCGAUAUCCACGCUGGUGAAUUUCACCAACCCGACUCAGUACUCGGCCACAAUCCCAUUCAUUGACUUGCUCAUCCUUAGCAAUGACACCGCCGUCGCUCAUAUCGUCGCUCAGAAUAUAUCCAUUGUUCCUGGUCAUAAUAGCUACGUGCCUGUUGGUUUCCUUUGGUGCCCUUUGAACUCGAGUGGAAUGAAUGGGGUCGAGGCCGGCCGGGCUCUUCUCUCAUCAUAUAUUUCUGGUCAGUAUUCACAUAUAUAA